AUGUCGUGGCUCUUAAAGACGCCAAAAGAUCUUGGAUGUUUUGAAGGAAUAGAUGGAAUAAACAAUAUAAAAGUAAGGCAUCGAUUAAAGAAACAUUUCUUCGAUGAUAGUUACAGAAUAAACCCUUACCAAAGGCCGAAUGAUAAGAAAUUAUUCAAGUUCUGGAAAAAUAGGGCAACCAUUUUCAAGCUCAUAAAUAAUGGUAACAUAUAUUUAACAGACGAAUUGUGGUUUAGUGUCACACCCGAAAAUCUUGCACAGUUUACUGCAAAUUAUGUUAGGCAUUGUCUACCCAAUGGAAAUUGUAUUGUUGAUGUGUUUUGUGGAGGCGGUGGUAAUACCAUUCAGUUUGCAAGAUUAUUUGAGAAAGUUUACGGGAUAGAUUCAAAUAUCGACCAUUUGUAUUGUGCCUAUAAGAAUGCUGAGUGUUACAAUUCUGCUGUCAAGCUUAAACUGAUAUAUGGUGACUGGGAAGAAUCAUUGAAAAAGACUUUAGUCAAGAACUUGGGAAAAACACCCGAUUGCAUAUUUGCUUCACCUCCGUGGGGUGGUGUUGACUAUUUGAGACAGGACACUUAUGACCUCGAAGAACAUUUACAGCCGUCGCCAUUAUCAAAGAUACUUAGCGUUUUCUUCUCUGUAUGUCAGAAUGUAGUUUUGUUUCUACCGAGAAACUCAGAUCUUGAUCAGUUGUCCUCAAUUACUCAUGACUUAUUAGGCCCUGAUGAAAAAUGUAAAGUUGUUUAUGUUAAGGAUAACGGUUACAUGAAAGGAAUACUUGCAUUUUGGGGGAGACCAUUCUAUGAUUUUUCUGAGUACUAUCCAACAGAAAUAGAGGAAGAGGAAUCGCAUGAAUUAAAUAAUAAAAGAUCAUCGAAAGAUCUUGAAAUUAAAAUGGAGGAUUUGUAUUGA